AUGGCCCGAGGGUCAAUUUCUAAGCGACUCCGAUCCAAUGGGGCGGAGAUCUUUAGAGGUGUCUCUAGAGUAGCCUCGAAUGUGGCAAAAUAUUGGUUAGAGGCUACGGAGAGGAUUAUGGAUGAUCUUGACUGUACUGUGGAACAGAAACUGAAAGGGGCAGUGUCGUUACUGCAAGACGAGGCUUAUCAAUGGUGGCUCACUGUGAGGGAAGGUACACAAGCUAAUCGUCUGACAUGGGAUUUCUUCAAAGCAUCCUUCCAAGGGAAGUAUGUGGGUGCAAGUUAUGUGGACGCCCGAAAGAAGGAAUUUCUGAACCUGACCCAAGGGAACAGGACUGUGACGGCUUAUGAGGCGAAGUUUUUGCGGUUGAGUCGUUAUGCUUGUGCACACUGUGUGUGGUUCGAAGAUGGACUUUGCAAUGAAUUGGGAAUUCUGAUAGCUCUACAGAGGGAGCGAGACUUUACUACCCUUGUCGAGAAAGCAAAGAUUGCUGAAGACGUGAAGCGCUCUGAGUGCCAGAACCGAGAGAACGAUAGGGGCAGAGUUAAGAUAGAAUUUGGAUCAUCAAGUUCUGGAGGUAGGCCUUUUAAGAGGGCCAAGUUGGAUGGGCCAGUUCAAGCUAGAGGUCCUGUUGCUGCUAUAAGACCGCAACCCUAUGCUGAUUGUGGAAGAUCUCAUUUGGGUGAGUGUUGGAAAAAGAUUGGAGCGAGUUUCAAAUGUGGAUCCAUAGAGCAUCAAGUUAGGAAUUGUCCUCAGAGGCCUACUCAGAUGCAAGUCAUAGUACAGGGUCAUGUUGAACCUGGAAGGGGUGGUCAGCCUUUGAGAGGUCGUGGACUGGCUAGAGGUGGAAAUGGGUUUGGACUAGGACGUGGCGCACUGGGCAGGGGCACAGGUAAUACUGAGGCAACACAACCAGCCUUGGUUUAUGCUGCUCGUCGCUGA